UAUUCAAGUGAUUAUCGUGUUGACAAGGAAGCUUUCUGAAUUUCCGAUAAAAAUGCCAGAACAAAGACAAGACUAUUGGAUAGCAGAAAGUAUCAAAGAAGAAUCGUUUGAGAAAAAAUAUGAAAUUCUGACAGAAUUGGGAAAAGGAGCUACUUCUGUAGUACACAAGUGUAUUGAUAAAGGAACAAGCAAGGCAUGGGCUGUGAAAAUACUUACCAAACGGGCUAACUUGAAAAUAAUCAAUGCAGAAAUUGGUGUUUUAUUGAAAUUAGAUCAUCCAAAUGUGAUUAGACUUAAAGAAAUAUUUGAAACACCACAACACAUUUAUUUGGUGUUAGAGCUAGUGACAGGAGGUGAACUGUUUGAAAGGAUAGUGACAAGAGGUAACUACUCUGAAAAAGAUGCAGCUGCUGCUGUAAAACAGAUACUUAUUGCUGUACAAUAUCUUCAUCAGAAUGGAGUUGUGCACAGAGAUUUGAAGCCGGAAAACUUAUUAUAUGAAGAUCUCACAGAAAACUCAGCUCUCAAAAUUGCUGAUUUUGGAUUAUCUAAAAUAUUGGACCAUGAAGUACAGAUGAAUACAGUUUGUGGAACGCCAGGUUACGGUGCACCGGAAUUACUGACUGGAAAAACAUAUACACCAGCAGUAGACAUUUGGAGUUGUGGAGUAAUUAUCUACAUUUUGCUAUGUGGUUAUAGACCAUUUUAUGGAGAUUCCGACAGAGAGAUAUACAAACAAAUACUGAAAGGAGAAUACCAUUUUUAUUCACCAUUCUGGGACAGUAUUUCAUGGAAUGCUAAGGAUUUAAUAAGCAAAAUGCUACAACUUGAUCCUACGAAAAGAAUAACAGUAGAUCAAGCAUUACAACAUCCAUGGGUCAAAGGGUCAGCAGCUAAGAAUGAACAUAUGGCUGAAGCUCAGAAUAAGAUAAAAGAAUUCAAUGCAGACAGAAAGAUGAGGACAACUAUGGAUGUAACUUUAUUAGCUGCUCGAGUCGGACGUGUACAAGAACUCCUUGGUUCAAUUAGUGAUAUUUGACUUAUCCUUUUGACAAAGACUAUGAUUUGUCAAUUUAUACAUAUUUCUAAGAAGCUGUUUAUUAUGUAAGAUCUGCUAAAUUGUACUAAUUGACUGCAUUUUGUAUAUUAGCAUAAACUAGAGUACAUGUCCUGAUGUCCCAUAAGGAUACCUAAUUACAAUAUGGUUAAAUAAAUGACAUUUUGAUGAAGAAAGUUAAUAAUGAUCAAUAAUGCCAAUAUAUUCUUAAAUAUUUCAUCAUUGGUUUCAAGAUUUAUAGCUAAUGUAACCACUUUCAAAUUGAUCGAAGACGUCUUAUGUAAAUUGAAGAUCUGAUAAAUUUGCCCUUCUUUUACCUACACUGUCAUAUCUUUUAUAGAGUGAUUAUUGUUGAAGUGUUUUUUCUCCUCUAGGGUCUGAUUUUCACAAAGAAUAUUUGCAAAGAAUUUUUUGCCAAACCAUGACUGGGCAAUAUAGUCCUUGACGUUAGAUCAUGUAUUGGCUGAUUUUGUUUGCAACUGCUGCACACAUUUUACAAAGAGUCCAAAAAAUUACAACAAAUGUGUAUGGUUUUCGUUGUCGUAUAUGUCUUUUCAAAUCUUUUACGGAAAUACGUUUUUGGAUUACUACAUACUUAUAUUGCAUUAAUAUUUAUACUUCUACAUAUUAUUUUUGUUUGAAAUGUAAAAUAUUAAUACAUAAGCUUUUUUAUACAGAAGUGUUCCUUUGUCAGUUAUAAUUGACUGU